AAAAAAAACAAAACAUAAGAAGUGAAAAAUCUUGGACUCCAGAAAAAUGGAAAGCACAACAGAAACCAAAAUGCAAGUGGCAGAUGCCACAGCCACAGCCACUGCCACAGGCACUGCCGCAAAGGUGGAGACCAUCAUUGACAUUCCCAGUGGCGCUGCCUCGUCGGCGUCGACGUCGACGUCGGCGUCCUCCUCCUACGACACGGACUGCAGCACGGCCAGCAGCACCUGCUGCACGCGACAGGGCGAGCACAUCUACAUGCAGCGCGAGGCCCUCGCCAUGUCCCUGCCCAUGUCCUGCCCCGCCGCUGCCACGCCCCUGGAGGCGUCCGCGGACGAGAUGGGGCUGCUGAAGUACGAGCACCGCAAGCACUGGCCCUGGUUCAUCCUCAUAAUCUCCAUCAUUGAGAUUGCCAUCUUCGCCUACGAUCGCUACACGAUGCCCGCACAGAACUUCGGGCUGCCCGUGCCGAUACCGAGCGACUCGGUGCUGGUGUACCGGCCCGACCGGCGGCUCCAGGUGUGGCGCUUCUUCAGCUACAUGUUCCUGCACGCCAACUGGUUCCACCUGGGCUUCAACAUCAUCAUCCAGCUGUUCUUCGGCAUUCCCCUGGAGGUGAUGCACGGCACGGGCCGCAUCGGCGUCAUCUACCUGGCCGGCGUCUUCGCGGGCUCCCUCGGGACGAGCGUCGUCGACUCGGAGGUGUUCCUGGUGGGCGCCAGCGGCGGCGUCUACGCCCUCCUGGCCGCCCACUUGGCCAACAUCACCCUCAACUACGCGCACAUGAAGUCCGCGUCCACGCAGCUCGGCUCGGUGGUUAUUUUCGUGUCCUGCGACCUGGGCUACGCUCUCUACACGCAGUACUUCGACGGCGGCAGCGGCAGCGGGGAGGCCGCCUCCUCGGCCUUCGCCAAGGGGCCGCAGGUCUCGUACAUCGCCCACCUGACGGGCGCCCUGGCGGGCCUCACCAUCGGCUUCCUGGUGCUCAAGAACUUCGGGCACCGCGAGUACGAGCAGCUCAUCUGGUGGCUGGCCCUCGGCGUCUACUGCGCCUUCACCGUCUUCGCGAUCGUCUUCAACCUGAUCAACACCGUCACCGCCCAGCUGAUGGAGGAGCAGGGGGAGGUCAUCACACAGCACCUGCUGCACGACUUGGGUGUGUCCUAAGCGCUCCUCACCGGCUCAUUGGACUCCAGUUGGGGCCCAUCGGCGGGUCCUUAGCAGAGAGAUCUAUAGACGAAACGAAACGAAACGAAAGAGCACGAAAGAGAAGGAGGAGGAGAAGGAGAAUGAGAAUGAGAAGAGAGAGCAAAGAGAGAGCAAACGAUUUUUUAGUUCAAAACUAAAUCCGAAAUUCGUUUGAAUUUUGCAAUUUUGCCGCGUUUCGUAUUUGUUUUCUUUCGUUUCGAUUUGCUAUCGAUUCGCAGUUAUCGUUAUCGUUAUCGUUUUCUAGUUACCGUUUUGCGCGUUUCAUUUUCAUACAAAAAGCAACAGAAAAAACAGACAAAAAAUGAACAACA